CCGUGCUGCUUGUGCGUAGCUCUGGUCCGAAGUGUGUUCGUGCAGUUUGCCGCGUCGCAGCGUCCCAGCGCGGUUUUGCGCUCGCUCGCGUUACGUAGUGUGUGCGAUGGCUCGUGCAGGUCGUCCUGUUCGGUUACCGCUGCCUGAGUGUGAAGUGAAAGUGUAAUCGGCGGGCAAGCGGACAGCUUGGCUGAGCUCUGAGGCGACCAGCAGCAGCGAUUAGCCGAGGCCGGGCCUCCGGAAAAUGUCAGACAUCUCAUAUUUUUCACCCUCUUCUGUACACUCGUGUCAUAAAAUCCAAUGUGCAUAUUGGGUGACUUGCUGCGGUGUAAAAAACAUCACUUAUGCGCGUAUUUAAAGCCGGUGGAAAACUUGUGACCCCCGACUCCCAGUACUAGUACGUGUUGCGGCGAGCCGAGCUUAGCUACACCGUGACCGUGCCGGGCUGUGUUCCCUCGGCGAGGCGACUCGUCCGCACCCGCGCAAACUAGCGGCUGUGCUGAAGGCCACACGGCGCAGGAGCGCACUGUGAGACUCGCCGACACUCGUAUUGAUUACACCACGGUAAUCAUGGUAAACGCGCAGGAAUGAAGAGCGCUGAAAGGGGUGGCCGUAGCCUAGGAAGGAUGGAGUGACUGGCGAUGAUGGGCACGAGUCCCGCGAGCGCGCACUGUGUCGGCGCUGAGUAAACAGGAGCCAAAUGAUUCUACGAAAUUUCCAAACAUGGGUGACAUGAAGACCCCAGAUUUUGAUGAUCUCUUGGCUGCUUUUGACAUCCCUGAUGCCACUGGCUUGGAUGCAAAGGAAGCCAUCGUGGAGAGCCAUGAUGAAGCAGAAGGCCAGCCAAAGUCAGGGGUGUGCAUGGAGGACCUUUCAACCCAUAGCUGCCUGCCCAUAUCGGAUGUUCCUGCUGUCAGUGUGAUUGUGAAGAACACGAGCCGCCAGGAGUCAUGUGAGUCCAAUGCAGAAAGGGAUGGGGUGCACCUUGGACCCCUGUUGCAGAAUGGCUCUGCCCCAGAUUCACACCACAUGGUGUACAGUAGCUGUGGGAAACCCGAAGCCACUUUUGCGAAUGGGGAUCGUUUGGGCAACUUCUCAGAAAUUGUGAUAUCCCACAGGGCUGACAAGAUGCCGUCCUUUUCUCAGUUUAGCCCUAUUUCAAGCCCAGAACCUGAAGACUGCCCAAGAAAUAGGGUCGUUGGCAAUCUGAAACAAGAUGAUAUACCAUAUUUGUCUUCCACCUCUGCACUUGGGUCCGCGGACCAGUCCGUGUUGGACAGUCAAGGAAGGCUGCAAGGGUACAGCAUGUUUGACAAGUGCCAUAAAUCUGUAGCUGGAAAUGAAACUGUGAACAACAUGGAGAGAAAUGCUGAAUUUUGCAGAAGAGAAAGUACCUGCCUAGAGCAACCUUCAGGAGACGCCGAUGAAUUCCAUGUCAGAAAAACAAGUUUUUUCAGUAGUCAUACGCUAAUUUUGGAUGACCUUCAGAAGAAGCAUCUUCAAGAACCAAAGAACUUCCUUUCAGACUCCAGUAUGGGUUUAUCCUGUGAUGGUGUCAAAAAUUCAAACUCCAAGCUGUCAUCUUGCCUUGCGGCACUUGUGGCCUUGAAUGCAAAGAAGUUCUCUGAGGAUCCAAAAGAAGAACUGAUAAACUCCAAAGAUCCAUUGAUAGAUGUGAAAGAUAGCCUGAAGAUCAGUCCAAAGGUGCCCAAGUCUCCAAAAAGCCCAAGGAGUCCACUGGAGGUUGUGAAGCGCUAUGUCAAACCACCAGACAGUCCCAUGAGUAUCUGCAGUGACAGCAGCGGCAAAGCAUCUCCCUCAGUAACCGCAGGAUCACCCCCAGUCAUUCCCAGAGUCAGGAUAAAGACCAUUAAAACAUCAUCUGGGCAAAUUAAGCGAACUGUUACGAGUGUGUUACCUGAUUCAGAGCUGGAGGAACUUCAGUCUCCCGCAGGGUCAUCCCCAUCACAGUACACCGCUGUUGACGAGCCAUCAUCCAAGCUAUCCCCUGUGCACCUUUCCCAUGAUGCAGUAGCUCAUGUCCUUGAAAAUGGAAGUAACAAAAAUGCUGAUAGACAUGCAGCACGUGUAAUGCCUUCAUCAACCGGCAGCCUUGUUUCGUCACAGGGACGCGCUAAGAAAAAGGGCAGCGCCGUACGUUCAGCAUCGCUCCACAGUACAUGCAGCACAGACGUGAGGUGCGUAACCGAGGCUCAGCAGCAGGCAGAUUCACCUCAGCAAACAGUUGGAACUCAAAACACCAGCUUUCUCCCCAAAGCUGUGCACUUGGCCAAUCUGAAUCUGGUCCCUCACAGUGUGGCUGCAUCGGUCACAGCGAGAUGUGCGACUCAGCGCCAGCCGCAGCUCUCCAACACUGUGGUAUGCAGCACAGUCCCGCUCGUGCACCAAGUGAAAGGCCCUGAACCCAGACCAUGUGCUGCUGUGCCCAGCACUGCGGUUGGCACCUUGAACAGACUGCUCAAUGCUGCUAACCCUGUACCAACAUAUGUGCCCAACCUAAACCCACCAGAGCACAUCCAGCUCAGUGUCCCUGCACGUGGGCACCGGUGCCUGGAGUGUGGAGACUCCUUCAGUCUAGAGAAGAGCUUGUCUCAGCACUACAGCCGGAGGAGUGUGCACAUUGAGGUGGCGUGCACUCACUGCACAAAGGUUCUCGUAUUUUUCAACAAGUGCAGCUUAUUGGCCCAUGCGCGACAGCACAAAAGCCAGGGUGCAGUCAUGCAGUGCACACAGUUCCUCAUGAGACCUAUUGCUGCUGAUCAGAUGUUUGCUCCACCCUUGCCUGGGCCCUCAGGGACGACUCAGGUUGUCUCUGUGUCGGCACAGUCAGUGAGAACACCACCCCAACCGCCAGUUAUGCCUUUGUAUCCGGACAAGACUUUACCACAUGGAAUGAGGUGUCUGGAGUGUAACAAGCAUGUGUCAGAUUUGCAGGGGCUGGCAGGUCACUACCAGAGACUUUCUGAAGACAUGGAAAAAUGGACCUGCAAGGUUUGCAUGAUGAUGCUGCCCAACAAAUGCAGCUACAAGGCCCACCAGCGGAUCCACACACACACAUCUCCAUACUGCUGCCCUGAGUGUGGGGCACUUACCCGCUCCAUGGACAUCCAGAGACAUGUUAAGGAGAACUGCCUUCACUAUGCACGCAAGAUUGGCUAUAAGUGUUCACACUGUGAUAUGUUCCAAAUGUCCUUUCGUGUUCAAAAGAGUCACAUUGAGGAGAAGCAUUGUGAGGUCUUCUAUAAGUGCUCCAUCUGUCCAGUUGCCUUCAAGUCUUCGGAUGGUUGUCUAAUGCAUGUCAAAAACAAGCACAACAGUAAAGCAUCUCCACUGAUGAUCUAUAGGUGUUCCUGUGAAAUGGUUUUUAAGAGAAAACAGCUUUUACUUCAGCACUUCCAUCAGAAUGGCAAAAAGCUCACCUGCUGCGUGUUCAAGUGCCCAGAAUGUGCAGUGGUCUUCACUCAAAAACAGAUGUUGAUGCAGCAUUUCAAGGGUGUCCAUGGAGGGAUGUUCCGAACAGAGGGCGAUGACAUUCAUGGUGCAACAUUGAUGUUAAAUGAGCCAGAGGCUGGCAGUGUGUCGAGUCGUACAGAUUCAGCCAACGCAAAGAAUCCAGUAACCGAAGGUGCUAGCAGAUCGCGUGGCCUCAAAAACGCAGGUUGGACCUGUGGGGAGUGUCUGCAAUGGGUACCUGACAGAGAUGCCUAUGUUUCACACAUGAAGAGCAACCAUAGCAGGUCAGUGAAGAGGUAUCCCUGUCGGCAGUGUGAGCGGUCCUUCAAUUCUACUAUGAGUCUUAAGCGACACAUCCGCAAUGACCAUGGCACAAAGAGGAAAAUGUUCACGUGCUGGUACUGCACAGAUAAGGCAAUGACCUUCACCAAACACUUCAUGCUGAAGAACCACAUCAGCUUGAUGCAUGGCAUUAAGAAUCCAGAUUUCAGCCAGAUGUGCAAGGCACCUCUUCCAGAGACCAGUGAAGCCUCGGUAGAGGGGUCCAAAGCAAAGAGGGCAGCUGAGGAAGGCCUGAGAGAGGCAUCGCUGGAGGCCCCGCCCGCAAAGAGGCCUGCACUACUUUUUCGCUGUUCCAAGUGUGGCUUCACCACAGAAGAUGGGGCAGUCUUCCAGGAGCACAUACCUCAGCACAAGUCUGAUGAUCGAACCCCCCAGUGCCUGCACUGUGGCCUAUGCUUCACAUCCCGCCUGGCCCUCAGCCGCCACCUGCUCAUUGUCCAUAAAGUAAAGGAGCCAGAGGAGUCAGAUGAGGAGCCAGAAGAGUUGGACGAAGAGUCACCACCUUUACAGGAUGGCGCGAAAGAGGAUGCUUCUGUGGCUGUAGGACAGAGCUGUUGCUCCAGGGAAAAAGCUUCUGCCAGCCUGCACUGUGACACAUGCAGUAGGGCCUUUGACAGUGAGUCAUCGUAUAAUUCCCACAUGCAGGCUCACUCAUCCUGUCUGACAUCAGGCCCAGAACCGUAAGGGCAGGCUCUUUGUGCGUGUUUGUUCUAGCUGCUAUUGUCCCCACGUCAUGGACAAACCGGGACCUUACAGGUGCUACAUCAGUAUCGCAGCAGCUUCAGAUGGUUGUACCUCAGUGGAAUUGCCUUAUGCUUCCACAUAUAUUCUGCCAAGAUAUAAAUGCAGUAUAGAAGGUCCUUAUUUCUUAAUCCAACUGUGAAUAACAUCCCAAUGUCAAAUGCAUUUGGCACGUCUUUCAUCCAGAUGAUUCAAUAUUGCCUUACGAGUGUCUCCAUGUGUGACAGAAGUGACUUUGUUCCUCCACACAAGACUGUUACUGGUUAAAUAUUUGAGCUGAUUUGUUGAUUGAGAACUUGUUGUUCUUUUAUAAUGAUUUUUAUUACUUACAUGGUGCUUUUACAGACUUGGAGCUGAAUGUGUUGCCCAUUACAUGAAUACAGUAUUGCAGUUUUGCUAUCAACAGUGUCCCAAAGUGGAAUAUGUCUCUGCGUACCAAUUUAUAAGAAGUGUAUUUUGAUAUCAUUCCAUACCAAAAAGAAAUGUAACUAUAAAAAAUGUUGUAUAUUUCUGAACUGUUCUUGGAACCAAAGUCGCACUUCAUGAGCAAAAUGAUCGUGUUGAGAAAUCGUUGGAGUCCCAUGCUUUGGUUGAAGUCUAGGUCUGCCGUUUAAGUGUUGUUUCAUGGGUUUUACAGCUGAAUAUGUAACAUGUUGGAAUUUGACAAACAUGAGGCAAUGCACCAGUUGCUUUGGAGAAUAGCUUUAUUCUGCAAUAAAUUUAAUUGAGAAUAUAAUCAAAAUACAGAAAGCGUACCAUAAUAUUGUAUUUUAAAUGGUUACAGUUGUUGGUAAAAGUACAUGGUUAAAUAUUUGACAUGUGGAGUAAAUAUCCCACCCUAACUAGUGUACUUUGGCAAGUAAUUAACAUGUUUUCCCAACAACUGACCUGGUGUAUUCAGUGUAAAAGGAAUGAUUUCUCCUUAAAAUAUAUUAUCUCCCAUAUUAUUCAAUUUUAUAAAUUACUUUGGAGAUUUACCUAUAGUCAUAUUGACUUCCCAUGUGAAUUUUCAAUUUAAAACAUGUUUGUGGUGUUAAUUUUUGUCUUUAACCUCUUGAGUCCUCAAUUUAUUAAGGAGUGGCUGAUUUAAGAUGCUCAUUUUAAAGAGAAAUGCACAUGAAAAUAUCAGUGUUUUUGAUACAGCCUAUACAGAGCGACUUUGUACCUUUUUGAUAAUGUGUGGUAGAUGAGGGACCUUGUAAAAGCUAGUAAGUGUACAUAAUUAAUGAAAUUCACAUCUUUAUCAGGGUUUUAUUUUCCCAAGCCAUUACAUAUCUAUUUAACUAGCAUUGGCCUUUGUGCCUUGCUGUUAUGUUUACUUCUGAUAUCAUCAAAUAAAAUGUAUA